UCAGUCUCUGUCACCUGACAACUCGUUUGGUCCGUCCAAUAUUUCUGAAAGCUGUGGAUUGUUGCAGUGUUCUGCGAGUUCUCUAGCGGGCGGAUUGGUAUGCAAGUCCGCUUGAGUGGAGGAAAAGGGGGGUGAAAGUUCAUAAUGGUUCAUACAUAUCAGGUGACAAUGUGAAAAAGUUGGGCAGCGUCAACGGCUUAAAAACUUUUCAAAAUGACAAGUGAGGGGAUUGCAAAGUAUGGCGAGGAGGACGAUGGGGACGGUGAGGCUUUGGCAACGGGAUACUACGACGAUGACGACGAUUUUGACACAUUUACUGACGGAGAUCUUGAUUGUAGCUGCGAAGAUGGAGUAUUCAGCGAGGACCCCCUGAGCGGGGAGGUGAAGCCGCGUAUCCUGCUGAUGGGCCUGCGACGUAGCGGCAAGUCCUCCAUCCAGAAAGUGGUCUUCCACAAGAUGUCUCCCAAUGAGACUCUGUUCCUGGAGAGCACAAACAAGAUCUGCCGCGAGGAUGUCUCCAACAGCUCCUUUGUUAGCUUCCAGAUCUGGGACUUCCCUGGACAGAUUGACUUUUUUGACCCCACCUUUGAUUACGAGAUGAUUUUCCGAGGCACAGGCGCGCUCAUCUUCGUAAUUGACUCGCAGGAUGACUAUGUGGAGGCUUUGAGUCGUCUUCAUCUGACCGUCACUCGGGCUUACAAGGUCAACCCAGAAAUCAACUUUGAGGUGUUCAUCCACAAAGUGGACGGUCUCUCAGAUGACCACAAGAUAGAGAAGCAGAGGGACAUCCACAAACGGGCUAACGAUGACCUGGCGGAUGCAGGACUGGAGAAGAUACAUUUGAGCUUCUACCUGACCAGCAUCUACGACCACUCCAUAUUCGAGGCCUUCAGUAAGGUGGUCCAGAAACUCAUACCCCAGUUGCCCACCUUGGAGAACCUGCUGAACAUCUUCAUAUCUAACUCGGGCAUCGAGAAGGCCUUCCUCUUUGACGUGGUCAGCAAGAUCUACAUAGCAACAGAUAGCAGCCCAGUGGACAUGCAGACCUACGAGCUGUGCUGUGACAUGAUCGAUGUGGUCAUCGACAUCUCCUGCAUCUACGGUCUCACAGGUGAGGAGGCAGGCCAGCCCUAUGAUAAGGAGUCCAUGGCCAUCAUCCACCUCAACAACACCACGGUCAUGUAUCUGAAGGAGGUCACUAAGUUCCUGGCCCUGGUCUGCUUCCUCAGGGAGGAGAGCUUUGAGAGGAAAGGACUCAUCGACUACAACUUCCACUGUUUCAAGAAAGCUAUCCAGGAAGUGUUUGACGUUCGCGUGAAGGUGCAGAAGAACCGCAAGCUCCUGAGCCAGAGGAGGUGGAGCAAGCAGGCCACGCCCAAUGGAGUCCUCGGUGAUGAUCUCUAUCCUGCUGUUCUGGGGGUUUCUCACUGGCUCACCUGGUUCACUCUCAACCCCCACAUGUUUGACGUCUGAAAAACUGAUUGUCACAGUUGACUUUUAUUAACCCAUACUAAGGCAAGCUUGUGUUUUAUAGUUUUAUACAUUUAAGGACAAAAUUACCCAAUUGUAUUUGUUACUGAGUCAUUGUAAAAGUAAUAUGGAUGGGUCUUUAUAAUAAAAAACUAUCCAAGUAAAAGACUGAAAUUAGCCAUUCUGCACUUAAAGGAACCACUUUGCCAAAGGAUGGCAUCAUACCAAAACGGAAAGCUCUUUGCAUGUAUCAUGUAUGUUGUGUUACCAUUGAUCAACAUGUUUAAGCCAUAUGAAUAUUACUAAAAUCUCCUGGUGUGUUGAUAGAUUUUCAUGAUAGUUUCUUCCAUUGUUGUUUACCAUGUAGUCACACAUUACAUCAAGUGCCAUCUGUAAGGAUUUAGUUUAAUUUUAUCCAACAUCAUUAUCACCGGCAAUUGCUGUCAUCAUUUGAAUGGUGCUUUAUACACAGAAAUUGUGUUAUUCCUCGUUACCAAAGCUUAGUGAACAGUAAUUAGCCAUGAAUCAUACAUUUUAGUCAGACUCAUAACUAUAUUAUUUCAUGACAGUGAUGUCACCCAGAUGCCACAAUAAAGUAUAUUUAAUUGUUGCAAAACAAUUCUAUGCCUUGUUGACCUUUAAAGGGGUUUAGUCUGCCUUCAUUAACCCCCCUCCACAAAAAUGUUUUUUUACACCAUUUUAUUACUUUACACAUUUUACUGAAGCAAUGUAUUUAUUUAUUUGUUUAUUUUGUUCAACAAUAAAGUUGCAUUUGUUUACACAGGA